UAUCACAGUGCACACCCACUCUGAAAUCCUCUCCUUUUUUCAUAAACCCUACUUCUGCUUCCCCCCUUUGCUCUCAAACCUUAUCACCUAAUCCUUAUCCUCCCAAACCAGAAAACCAUGUCUACCUCCGCAGCUUCCCUCGCACUCCCAACCCUCACUCUCCGAACCCGACAACCUCUAUGUUCUCCCCAAUGCUUCUCCUCGUCCCUCUCCCUCACACCCAACAACAAACCCAUUUCCAUUUCUGCUGUUUUUCUCAAACCAACAACUCUGUCGUCGUCUCGCUUCGUUCCCCGCGUCGUGGUGUCGUCGGAUUUGGGGCAGGAGGAGGACACCUUCAGUGACGGAGACGGCCCCAGCUUCUCCCCCGACCUUAAGCUCUUUGUCGGGAAUCUUCCGUUCAACGUCGACAGCGCGCAGCUCGCGGAGCUCUUUGAGAGUGCCGGGAAUGUGGAGGUGGUUGAGGUGAUUUAUGAUAAGACUACUGGGAGGAGCAGGGGGUUUGGGUUUGUCACCAUGUCUUCGGUUGAGGAAGCUGAAGCGGCUGCUCAGCAGUUCAAUGGCUAUGAACUUGAUGGAAGAGCAUUGAGAGUGAAUUCUGGGCCACCUCCUGCUCGGAAUGAGAGUGCUCCUCGUUUUAGAGGUGGUUCUUCUUUCGGUUCCAGAGGUGGUGGUCCUUCAGAUAGUGAAAACCGUGUUCAUGUAAGUAAUCUUGCUUGGGGUGUUGACAAUGUAGCACUUAAGUCAUUGUUUCGUGAACAAGGGAAUGUCUUGGAAGCUAGGGUAAUCUAUGACAGGGAAAGUGGACGAUCAAGAGGCUUUGGAUUUGUGACUUUCAGUAGCCCUGAUGAGGUCAACAGUGCAAUUCAGUCCUUAAAUGGCGUGGACUUGAAUGGCAGAGCUAUACGAGUCUCAUUAGCAGAUUCCAAGCCCAAGCAGUUCUGAGGAUUUAGCUUUUCAUCUAUACCCGAGAGAGGAUUUCGGUAUUUGGGACUUGGGAGUUAUACAGCUGCAAGAUGUCAUUGGCAAAAACAGUUUGGGAAAGAAAUACACUUACAUGCAUUGAGACUACAUGUACACAGUUUCAAUAUCUGACAGGCUUCUUCCUAGAUGAGUGUCUGUUGAAAGUUUAAAUGUAUGUUCCAAAUUUGAUGGUUGUCAUUUGAAACUGAUUUGUAGUCCGUAUUUUCACUAUAGAAGUAGAUGUCUCAAAUUUAUUGGUUACCCCGUUCCAAUAUUGUUGUGGAAGAAUUUUAUAAUCGUGAUGUGCCUGGAAAAUUAUCUACCACGGAUUUAUCUGUUGGUUCAA